AUGACCGCAGCUGCUACUACUUGCGUUGCAUUGUUUGUAAGUGUGCUGGCUCUCACCGAGCUUGUGAGAUGCGUGGCCGGUCAGAUUAGUGUUGGAUCGAUGCUUUCAGCAAAGGAAGACAGGGUGUGGGUGUCGGAAAAUGGAACAUUUGCUUUUGGUUUCACUCCGGUGGAUGUGCAAGACCGAUUUCAAUUGGCAAUUUGGUACGCUCAGCUUCCCGGCGAUCGAACUGUUGUUUGGUCAGCUAACCGAAAUUCACCGGUCGGAAAAGAUGCAAUCGUGGAGCUUGACGCUACCGGAAGCCUCGCACUUAUCGAUCAGAAGACACUCGUCUGGACGUCAAACACCUCCAACCCAGGCGUAAAAUCGGCAGCCAUGUUAGAUUCAGGCAACCUAGUCCUCUACAACGCCACCCGCCACGUCAUUUGGCAAAGCUUCUCUCACCCAUCUGACACGCUCCUCCCCGGCCAACCGAUAACGGUCUCCACAGAGCUAACAUCCUCGAAUUCACCUUCCCAGGGAGGUUGCUACACCCUGAAGAUGCUCCAGCAACCCACCUCACUGAGUCUUGGACUGACGUACAACUCGCCAGAAUCCUACGAGACAACGUUGGAGUCUCACAAUUACUCGUAUUGGUCGGGACCCGAGAUAUCGAAUGUGACAGGGGACGUCGUUGCGCUUUUGGAUGAAUCCGGAAGCUUUGGAAUUAUGUACGGAGCCUCGUCGGCCGGAAUUGUGUACGUGUACAAGAACGACGGUGACAAUGGGAAUGGGGGCUUGCCAUCGUCAGGGAAUAAGUCGGCCUCUGGAUCCGUACUCCGGCGGUUGACGCUCGAGACGAACGGGAAUUUACGUCUUUACCGGUGGGACAACGAUUUAAAUGGAUCUCGCCAGUGGGUUCCAGAGUGGGCGGCUGUGUCGAAGCCGUGUGACAUCGCCGGAAUCUGUGGCAAUGGGAUAUGCACUCUAGAUGGAAGCAAGACCAAUGCGAGCUGCACUUGCUUGCCAGGGACCUAUCCUGUUGGACCUGACAAAAGAUGCUCGGAGAGUUCAUCGUUGAAUGCCAAUUGCAAUAAUUCUCAUCGAAAUUCCUCGUCUCGGUUCAAGAUCACGACUGUGCAACAGACCAACUACUACUUCUCUGAAUCGUCUGUGCUCGCAAAUUACAGCGAUAUUACAACAACCUCAGAGUGUGGUGAUGCUUGUUUAUCAGACUGCGAGUGUGUGGCUUCAGUGUACGGUCUCAACGAGGAGAAGGCUUACUGUUGGGUACUGAAGAGCUUAGAGUUCGGGGGUUAUGAAGACCCGGGCUCGACCCUGUUCGUCAAAGUUGUGGCCAAUGGUUCAGAAACACCUGCAGACGACACCAAAAGAUCUGGGGGUUCCUCAGAACAUUCUGAUAGUCGUCGCAACAAGGUUGUGAUUCUCCCAGUUGUUCUCUGCAUGACUGUUGUUAUUGGGUUGCUCUGCUUCUUGUUAUAUUAUAGCAUUCGCAGGCGGAGAACCUUAAAAAAAGAACUCGAAAGCUCUUUAACAGUGUCAGGUGCUCCUUCGAACUUCAGCUACCGGAAAUUGCAGAGUGCCACCACCAAUUUCUCUCAGUUGCUCGGGACAGGGGGUUUUGGGUGUGUAUUCAAGGGAGUACUUGGAGAUGGGACCUUGGUUGCAGUAAAGAAGUUAGAAAGGGUUUUACCUCAUGGAGAGAAAGAAUUCAUCACAGAAGUAAAUACCAUUGGUUCAAUGCACCACAUGAAUUUGGUUCGCCUGUGUGGCUUCUGCUCAGAGGGACAGCAUCGGCUUCUGGUGUAUGAGUUCAUGAAAAAUGGAUCACUGGACAAAUGGAUUUUUCCCAAUUCAUACAGUAAACGAGACAGGCUACUGGAUUGGCAAACUCGUUUCCACAUAGCCAUUGCUACUGCACAAGGAAUUGCGUAUUUUCAUGAGCAGUGCAGAAAUCGGAUUAUCCACUGUGACAUCAAGCCAGAGAAUAUUCUGUUAGAUGAGAACUUCUGCCCAAAAGUAUCAGAUUUUGGUCUGGCCAAGUUGAUGGGAAGAGAGCACUCUCAUGUCGUUACCAUGGUUCGGGGCACCAGAGGCUACUUGGCUCCGGAAUGGGUCAGCAACCGUCCUAUUACAGUCAAGGCUGAUGUUUAUAGCUAUGGCAUGCUUCUUUUAGAGAUCAUAGGCGGCCGGAGAAACCUGGAUAUGUCUUUGGAUGCAGAGGAUUUCUUCUACCCUGGAUGGGCAUUCAAGGCGAUGACAAAUGGAACACCAAUGAAGGUUGCAGACAAACGUCUAGAAGGAGCAGUAGACAGAAAGGAGCUGGUGAGGGCCAUGAAAGUUGCGUUCUGGUGCAUCCAGGAUGAGGUGUUGAUGAGACCCUCAAUGGGAGAAGUAGUCAAGAUGUUGGAAGGAUCAUUUGAGAUAAAUGAACCACCCAUGCCUCAGACUGUAUUAGAAUUGAUUGAAGAAGGCCUAGAUCAUGUGUAUAGGGCCAUGAAGAGGGAGUUUAACCAUUGCAGCUCCUUCACCAUCAAUAGCCACCCAUCAUCUCAUGCUACAUGUAGUUAUUCUACCAUGUCACCAAGAUGAUCAACAUCAACUGAAACUGGCUUUUGCAGGCCAAAAAGAUAAGACUAGUUAUUCCAUA